AUGUCCAACACAGUGAUUUCACCGGUUGAUAAUAGUGCUGAAGAUGUGUAUGUUGAGGACAUACCUCGGAUUGGCAUGACGUUUGGAUCGGAAAAUGAUGUAUAUGAGUUUUAUAAUCAGUAUGGUAGAAAGUCUCAGCGCCAAAUCUCAAAUGUAGAUGCCUAUGGAAUAGAUUUGGCUGACGAUUCCGGUAUCAGGCCCAAGGCCACUUUUGAUUUAAUGGGCAUGCAAGUAGCUGGUAGCGAAAGCCUAGGUUACACCAGGGAAGAUCUUAAUAAUUACCUUCGAACCAAACGUCAGUGUCAUCUAGUCUUUGGUGAAGCUAGGAGUUUGCUAGCAUAUUUUGAAAACGAAACAAGGAAUAACCCAUCAUUUACAUAUUCUAUGCAACUGGAUAAUGAAGAACAAAUAACAAAUAUAUUUUGGGCAGAUCCGAGGAUGCUCAUUGACUAUGCACUGUUUGGUGAUGUUGUUAUCUUUGACACUACUUUUUGCACAAACAAAGAGUACAGGCCGUUUGGAAUUUUUGCGGGAUUCAACCAUCAUAGGGGUGUGACUAUAUUUGGAGCUGCUCUACUACAUGAUGAGACGGUUCCUUCUUUCAAAUGGUUGUUUGAGACAUUCUUGGAGGCUCAUGGACAAAAGAAGCUCAUAACCAUUUUUACUGAUUAA